GUAACGAAAACGAAGCCGAUUCCGUGACCCGAGACCCGAUUGCCGAGGCGAUUACGAUUAGGAUUAGAAUAUGAUGUUGAAGUUGCGCGAAGAUUGAUAUUGACAUAAUCAAUUGAAAUUGAAAAUGUUUGGACACCGAUUUUGUGAACGACUGUGUUUUCGUGUCUAGCUUAAAAUAGUAUCAUACAUAAGGAUUUAUAGGCCUAAUUUUGUUGCUGCAAUAACAACUAAGAAAUGGCUAAAAACCAAGUAGGUAACAUCAAAUUUUCUACAUGGAAUGUUUGUGGGAACGGAACUCCAGAGGAGAUUGAUAAACUUUUACAUAAAUCUUCUGAACAACAAAGUUCACACAUUGUUUGUAUCCAGCAAGCCAACCUGCCUGUUGGCGAUUUGCCACAUUACAAGUGGCUGUGUUCUGGACAGCAAGGAUCAGCUGUGGCAAUCAAGAAAACAUCCUCUCUACAAGCCGAGACCUUUGAACAAGUAUGUGAACAGAUAUGCGUGGCUCAUGUUGUUACUGAAGACAAAAUACCUGUAUACGUCAUAUCUUGUUACAUCCCGCCUUCAGAUGAUUAUGCUUCCAAAGACUUAUGGCAAAAAUUGGUAUCUGUUGUUAAAAAAGUUCCAGCAAACGCUGCAUAUGUUAUUGCCGGUGAUUUUAACGCGAAAAUUGGUAGAGAUGAUUGUUACACUAAAGAUGAUUGUAUCACUAAAGGUAUGAUCGGCCCAAAGCUGUUUCAUAACGUCUCUGAUGAAAAUGGCGUUCAACUGAGGAAGUGUAUACUGAGUUGGCAUGCUACAGUAUUAACCACUUACGGUACAGGUCGGCCAGUACCCACGUAUAAAGAUGACCGAGCAUCCCAGCGGAGCUACAUCAUGGGGUCUUCUGAUAGGAUUCCGUUUCACACAAGAACUUUGCUGCAAGAUACUGAGAGUAGCUGGUAUUCAGGCUACAAGAGUGCUCUAAUUUCAAAAUGUGUUCGAAUUAAGGUGUAUGAGAAAUAUGAAAGUGUGCUUUUGCCAAAAGUUGGCCUCGCUAGUUGGAAUGUACACGGAGCUUCUCCUGCAGCCGUAGAUAAAUCCCUUAGUGAGCUGAAUAUUCCUGUAGUCUGUGUACAAGAAUUCUUCCUCACUAGCGACAAAGACCUAGAGAACCUUAACUACACUUGGUUCACAUCAAAGAAACUUUGGGGCAAAAAUGUUGCAAUUCUCGUUAAAAACUCCUUUGACAUAACUCUCUCCGACUUUGUAAUCGUGAAUGAAUAUCUGUGCAUCGGAACGCUCUCUCUUGGAGAAACAGCAAUCAACGUAAUCUGCUGCUCGAUGCCGUCACACAAAGAUGCUGAAAAGUUCCGAGAGACGACCCUGUUACUGAUGGAAAUGAUGAGAAACAUUCCGGAAGAAACUAUGUAUGUGGUCGCCGGUGACUUCAAUACAGAUGUGAGCUACACGUUGAUCGAGGACACGCUGGUGUACAAAGACGGAGACGAAAAUGGAGUGUUUGUAGAGAAAAUUAUGAAAGAUUUUAAGUUGGAACUGCCGUACACUCAUAGCAAUUGGACUUGUGUGUCAGAGAAGGGACGCAGAAACUCCAGUAUAACGUUUACCUCUCAGAGCUGUUUAAUGAAGUACACCCAAAAAUAUGUGAUCCGUUGGGUCCCUUUUUUUGAGAGUGGUGUCGUCUGUUUGCACCUGUUGGGAGAUGAGACUAGUCCAGAACCUGAUAACAUCCUCUCAUGCCCAGAAAAUACUGGAACUAAAGAGGAAGAAGAGAAUAUAGUUGAGCACAUUGAUGGAUUUGUUUAUAAGACAAAGCGUUUCUGCAAGUUGAAAAAAUUUCUUUCAAACUUCACAGUUGAAAGCCAAGCUUUCAUCAACCAAAAGAUUGCAGCUACUAGAGAAAAAGUUGAAAAGUCAGACCUGCCAUUAGAGGUUCAUACCAAGUACAAAAACUUGGCCAUACCCAUUGAUGAGCUGUUAAGGAUUUUGGGAGACGAUUUCACACUGUUUCAUGGAUACACGUUGGAGAGUACUAUACUCAAAGGUCACUUCACUGUGUUGACGGCUUCCUUUGAGAAUUUAAACAGAGGAGGAUUGUUUGUAGAGUUAAUCGAUGUUUUGGACAAAACUGCAAGUGAAGUUGUCAAGAAGUUAGUCAAGUUUCGAUGGAACGGGAUUGUGGUGCAUGAGGAGGAGAACAAAAAGUUUGCCACUCACAAGAAAAUGAUAAACCAAGGACAGACAGCUCUACUCAGCAAACUGGGUCAACAUUGCUUUACAGUCAAGGCUAGAGGGAGCUUUUACAAUGGCUUACCACCUAAGUGUGAAGAUGAAGAUCAGCUGAAACAACUGUUGAGGGUGAUGAAGAUGUCAGAUUUCCCUCGGUCAGUUACAUUUGAUGAUAUAAAACAGCGCAUCUUCAAGUUCCUCGCAGAGAAACCUGAAUAUGAGUUGGUGUUUGGGCCGGAAUUCUAUGAAAAGUUCCAGGAGCCGAUAAAGAAGCUAGUGAUCAACUUAACCUCCAAGAAAUGUGGCGUACGACUGUUCAAGUCCAGCAGUGAUUCGGAACAUUUUGACAACGUGAGUGUGUUUCUUGAUCGCAGCCCUCGAGAAGUUCGCAAGAUGUUGAUGAAGACCCCGGAACAUAGAGAUAUCAGGUUCCAGCUAGUCCCACCCUGUGGCCCUGAACGAGACUAUUUCGAUUGGCUAGCUGAGUGGACAGAGAAGAUUAUCCCAGAAGAGUUUUACCAGCCAUUUUUGAAAGAAGAAACACCUACUGUUGUUCCUUCUGAUGUAGUUACAACCAAUGGAAAUGCAGUUCCAGAAGAAAAAAAAGAGGCAAACCCGGAAAAGCUGAUCAACGUUGAGUCAACGCAUGGGAAGCACAGAGUUGGGUUUGUCGAGAGGAAGGUGAGACGAAUCGGAGGAUGGAUUCACAGAAUAGUGAAGUUGCAUAAUGUAACUCCCUGCUACACCACUGCAGUGAAGUCCAAGGGCAUUAAGAUGUGGACAAAGUUAGCAAGGGAGGAGUCUGACCUGCCGCAGUCUGUCGUUGAAAAACUGAGAGAAACUCCGCCUCCCAUUGAGGAGCUCGCAAGGAUCCUGGGUGAUGAGUUCACUCUCUAUUACGGGUUUGACCGAGAAAGCUGUGCCAUCUCAAACACUCAGAACAUUCUGGCAGAAUCAUUCGAAGCUACUGGUCGCGGAGGGAUCAUGACUGAGCACAUAGAAGUUUACAAGGCACACAAUCUUGUACACAAACAGAUUGUAAAAUUCAAAUGGAACGGAAUAUGUAUCCACACUGAGGAGGGCCCCGCUACGGACGGCUUCAAGAUUAUUGGACAAAGAGGACAAGCUGCUUUGGUAGACAAACUCGGACAACACUUCUACACUGUUAAAGCAAAAAUGUCCUUCUUUAACAGUGGAUUGUAUCCUGUCUGUGCCGAUACGGAUCAACUUAGUACAGUUUUUAAGACUGUAAAACUAAGUGAUUUUCCUGCACCAUUAGAAGUUGCAGAGCUGAGGAAGUUCAUCUUAAAUUUCUUUAGUCAAGAAACUGAUGCGGAACUUGUGUUUGGAUCAGACUUUUCCGUCACUGAACAUUUGGGACCUCUGAAAAAGUUUGCCAGUGAGCAAGGUCUGAACUAUCGUUUCAUGAAGUCCGCCGAGGGAUUGACCAGUUGGGACAGUGUUGCAUUGUUUAAUAGACUCAGUCCGUUAAAGAUUCGAGACAGAUUGAUAAACAUUCCUGAUCAUCAGGAUUUGAAGUUCUUCUUGGUUCCACCUUGUGAAUUCUUCAGCAAACCGCACAUGGAAUGGAUUAAAGGCUGGGCAGCUGAGAACUUUGCUGAAGAAUUUAAACUUAUUUCGGAAGAAGAGAAGAAACCAAAACCCCCUUCAGUGGAUCAGAAGAAACCGAAACCCCCUUCAGCAGAACAGAAGAAACCGAAACCCCCUUCAGUAGGACAGCCCAAACAGACCCCUAAACAAAGACCAGCAGCGUCCAGUAAACGUAAAAUGCAGACUUCAAACAUCCAAAGCCCCAAAAGCAGAGUUGCUAACAACCGACGUUCCAACCAACAAAUCAGUAAGCGGAGAAGAGAUAUUCAUUCACUGCCAUCUAGAUCAAGAUUACAGUCGCCCAGAUCAGUGAGAAACAACCAAAGGAAUGAGCCAGCCUAUCGGGAAGACAACUCACUGUAUUCGAGAUCUGAGAGAUAUUACCCACCAAUAUCCCCAGCCCGGCAAUACCACGAUCAUUAUUUAGCAGCUUUAGAUGCAUACUCGCCAUAUUAUAGACCAGAAGAUUCUUAUGGGGGAAGUUCAAAUUCUCGUCUCCCUAGAGCAGAAGAUUCUUAUGCGGGAAGUACAAAUUCUCGGCCCCAUAGAGCAGAAGAUUACUACGCGGGAAGUUCAAAUUCUCGUCCCCAAAGAGCAGAAGAUUACUAUGCGGGAAGUUCAAGUUCUCAGCUCCACCGAGCAGAUGAUUAUUAUGCGGGAAGUUCAAAUUCUCAGCCCCGCAGAGCAGAUGACUACUCGUAUUACGGAGAGUCUUCUUAUUCACAGACACAAAAUUAUGGAGCAGACAAUUAUAAAGAUGCAUCUUGGUCAUCCCAGCAAAAUAGUAGAACAGACAGAGUUAGCCGCAAGCGAGACUGGGACCAGAUGGACCUCAGCCAAGAUGUGAGGUUCAAUCAGCCAAAAACAUCAGGUGAUUAUCUAAUUUCAAGUUUGACAACAAUUCAAGACCCGUAUGUUGAGGAAGAGAUACACGCUCCAGAGACAAAGCGGCCGAGGGAGUCUAAAGCGAAUGUCACAACACCUCGCUGGGACGACAUCGGACCACUGUUGAUAGUUUGGCCUGUCACAGUGCGCAGCGAACUUGAGAAAGAUCCCAGGAAGAUUCUUGAAGCAAACUUCCCCACGGAUAUAGAACUGGAACAAAGCAAUAAGGUAGCUGUACACAUUACGUUGCCUCUACGCAACGGAAGGGACAAGCAGUACUGUUUGUGUGUUGGAAAUGGUGUUUACAAUGCGGCGAAAACUGCUCUUGACAUGCUUGUAAAGAGGAGUUCUAUCAUCAAGCACACUGUUGGUUUUCUGCCUCCUGACGGACAAGUGCCAAAUUUCAUUCGGUACAACAUCCCUUGCCAAACCAAUCCUCGGACUUACAUAAUUCUCAGCUAUAUGGACACUGGACCACUGACACUGGAUAAGAUUGAUGAACUACUUACAUCCUUCAGAUCCAGCCUAAAUGAGGAUUUGUUCUUCGACAAGAAUAUCUACACACAUGACAUGAAACUGGCAUUGUUGGAUCGAGCGCCCAAGUUCGGUCUGAAGGUGCGCCACUUUGGCACUGACAGUAAGCUGCAGGACAGAUACGUGUGUGUGUACAAGACCAAGCCCAAAGAAGAGGUACUUGAAGAAGUACUGAAGAUGAGGGACUUUCACCCCAAGUACAAACUGACUGCUGACAAACUUCCUCCUAGGCUGGGCCUCAACAUAUUCUAGGUACCGUAUACUGCUAGAAUUUCACAAUGUUUGAAUACCUUACUUUUGAAAAAUGUGUAUGCAUUUCUUUUAUGAUUAUGAACUACAAUUUUAUUUGACAUUAUAACUUUCUAGAGAAAAGUUUUUUAAAACAUUGUUUAUUUCCUCCCAUUUUGACCUUACAAUAGUUUUGAUAGUAUCUUAAAAAC